UGACUCCUCUCUUCGAUUCCUUCAUCCUUCGUGCGCGCCUCCCCAUAGACCCUCUCACAUUCGUAUAAGAAUAAAAGCCAUCGGUCUCUCCCUCACUUGGAAUUCCGCCUUGGCGGUUUGGAGGACGGAGCGAUGGCGAAGAAGCCCCUAAACUUGGACUGGGACGAGCUGCUCUCCGGCCGGGACGAGCCCCCGCCGCCGGAGGUGGUGGUGGUCGCCGACGCGGCGGACGGCGGCGUAGGGGCGGAAACGGUUCAGGGUGACGCGCGGAUGUUGGCGGAGAUCUCCGAUCCCGUACUGGAGGAGAAGAUCAACCGGGCGGUGAAGAAUCUUGCCUCGCCGAUGCUGGACAGGCUGCCGGACCGAGGGGAGAAACUGCGGUCCAUGCUCCGGAAGUUCCACGACAAGCGCGACCAAAGGACGCUUGCAAAGAUCAAGAAGGAUAAUGGAAUAUGCGAGAAGGCAAGACAAUGUAAUAUCAAAGAAACAUCUGAUUUGUUUAGUGAGUUCAGCCUCGACACUGCACCAUGUAAACCCGAUUCACAAUCUUCAUUUGCCUUUACGUUUACUAAAAAGCUUGAAGGCAAGGCUGAUGCUGCAUUUAGCAAGGAAUUGAGUUUUAUUAGCCAAGAGAAGCACAAAAGUUUAAAGAAAAGUGGAGAGCAAAGGCAUGAGGGAUUUCAGCCACCUAGAAUGUCUUCACAGCGGGCUAAAAGGUCUUUUACGGACAUCCCUUCUUUGUGCUUUUACAGUGAAGUUAAAAAGAGAAUUCCCAGUGGUGAUCAGAAGGACAGAGUCUCCAACUUAUCUUUGCAUGAAGGCAGAACCUUACCCAGGCAUUUCUCUAAGAGGAAGAGAAUUUCUGAAUUGCAGGACUCAUUGGAUUUGGAGUUUAAGAAGCAGAUUGAAGAUGUGGUUCUUUUGGAUGAUGAAGACAUAGAACCUGUUCAGUCGACACAGGGAGAUACACAUAAUGAAUGGAAGGAGACGAAAAUUUAUUAUCCUUCUAGGGAGGACCCAGAAUGUGUUGAGCUUACUUAUUCUGACAUAAAAUGCCUAAAUCCUGAAUCAUAUUUGUCUUCACCUAUAAUGAACUUUUACGUUCAGUACCUUCAAAGAUCCCUGUCUUAUUUAGGUAGGCCAAGCAGCGACUACUAUAUUUUUAACACAUACUUCUACAAAAAACUUGAGGAAGCUGUGUCUAGCAAGGUAUGCUUGUCUAGAGCACACGGAAAUGAUGAUGAUUCAGUUCAGUUCAUCUUGGCAAAAGGUGAUCAUAUUUCAUGUUUCUUGAAGUUGAGACGAUGGUGGAAAGGUGUGGAUAUAUUUCAAAAGGCAUACAUCUUUUUGCCAGUUCAUGGAGAUCUGCACUGGAGCUUGGUGAUUAUUUGUAUUCCUUCAAAGGAAGAUGAAUCAGGUCCCAUCAUCCUUCACUUGGAUUCACUGGGGAUUCAUCCCAGUGGUCAAAUAUUCGAUACUAUUGGUAGCUACCUAAAAGAAGAAUGGAACUACGUAAAUCAAAAUGCUCCACCACCAGAUCAUGCUUUUUCUGAUAGGAUAUGGAGACAUCUUCCUUGUAGGAUCCAGAAGGAAAGAGUAAAGGUGCCCCAGCAGAAAAAUGAGUAUGACUGUGGCCUCUUUGUGCUAUACUUCAUGGAGCGGUUUAUAAGAGAGGCUCCUGAAAGGCUGAGAAAGGAAGACCUUGACAGGUUCGAUCGCAAGUGGUUUAAACCUGAAGAGGCAUCUGGAUUGAGAAAAAGAGUCCAAAAGCUGCUACUUGAAGAAUUUGAGAGUGCCAGGCUGGAGGAUGGAAAAGAAUCAUCCACAUCCUCUGCUAGUUCUGAAAGUGACAGCAAUUAACGAGAAUAGUGACCAGUAUUAAGGGAUUCAGGAACUGCAACAGUUUGUCAUCUGUCUUUGUUUUUUGAAGAUUGCAUAUCAUCACAAAACUGAAGACUCCGAAGCAACUGAACUGGCAGUAAAUAGCUACGGGAGGAGCAAAUUUUUGUUGAAGUUGAUGGGCAACGAUUCUGCAGCUGAAACAUACCAGCUGGAAGGAUUUUCUAAAUAUAUCUGAAGGUGAUUAAAGCUAAUAAAUCAAGGUGGUUAAAGCAUUAAGAGAAGAUGUGUGGACUUCUUCAUUUGGAGGAUUGGAAAAUCAUUCCAUAGAUACUUUAGAGUUCUUCACAUAAAAGGUAGUUUCCUCAGCAGGGGGAAAUCGCAGGUUAGGUGCGGCCGCAAAUACUAAUGAAUCGUGACUGUUCUGCAGUCCCUUUCUUGAUCUCAACUAGAUGGUUUGUAGAGGGUGAGCGUUGGUAUAAUGAUAAGGUUGCUCCAUUGUGGCCUAGGUUUUAUGGAUUUAAAGCUCAAACGGCCUCUCUGCACGCAGGCAUAAUGCUGCAUACGUCCGACCCUUUCCAGAUCCCUCAUGCAGUGGACCGCCUUUAACCAGAUUGGCUGUCCAAAGAAAAUCUUGACAGAUGUAAAGGCAUCUAAUGUUGAUAGAGUUAUGAUUGUUAGAGUGGAUGUUUAGAAUGGCGCCCAAUUUAUAUCCUUGCAGACUAAUUCAGUCUUCCUCAAGUAUAUUUUGAAUGUCUGAGUAAUAUAUUUUCCUUACCAAGAGCAGUCUAUCCCUUUAUGUUUAUACAUUUUACUAAUUCUAUAUAGUAGGUUCUCUUCA